AUGAACCCGCAACAGAUGGAACAGAUGGGCCAGAUGGGGAAGUUUCGAAUCACGGUCUGGGAGGAGGAGAACUUCCAGGGCAAACGCUGCGAGUUCAUGCUGGAGUGUCCCAACAUCAUGGAGAGGGGCUUCCGCAAGAUCCGCUCCGUCAAGGUGGAGUGUGGCCCCUGGGUGGGGUAUGAGUACCCUGAGUUCCAGGGGCAGCAGUUUAUCCUGGAGAAGGGCGACUAUCCGUGCUACGAAGCCUGGAGCGGUAACUGCGGCUACAGAACUGAGCACAUGCUCUCCUUCAGACCAAUCAAAUGUGCUAACCACAGUGACAGCAAGGUGACUCUGUAUGAGUGCCAAGACUUCCAGGGACGCAAGUUCGAAAUGUGCGACGACUACCCCUCCUUGCAGGCCAUGGGCUGGUGUAACAAGGAGGUUCCUUCCAUCAAAGUCAAUUCCGGAGCCUGGGUAGCCUACCAGUUCCCCGGUUACCGUGGAUACCAGUACAUCCUGGAGCGAGACAGACACCAAGGAGAGUACAGAAACUACAAUGAGUACGGCACCCAGGCCCACACCAAUCAGAUCCAAUCCAUGCGCAGAAUUCAGCACUAA